GCUCAGCCUAGCCCGACAUUGCCAGUCUCGUGUGAUACCAGUUUCGUGUAGGGAGAAAUAAAGAGAAAAAAAAAACGAUGUAGCGACAAGCGAAGGUGGAAUAGUAGUAGUCAAUGUUUACAUUUUGGUUGUAGGGGUGUGUUUCGUGGAUUAAAGUUUUAUCUCGUUGUGUGCGCAAGGAUUAUUGCCUGAAACUUUUUAUUUCACAUUUGAUUGUAGAAAUGGUACACGGAAAUCUAAAGUCAUGAAAUGUGGUGUAGGUGUUUGUGUGUGGGGCAAAGGGGUGAGUGUGUUUUUUUUAGUGGUCAUAUUCAGCACUCAGGUGCAUACCACUUUCACCUGCCCGAAAGACUGCUUCUGCCCGCCUCAUAGUAAAAAUGUUCAGUGUGCGAAUAAAGAUUUUCUUACAAUUCCGGACGGGAUUCCUAUGGAAACGAUGGAAUUAAACCUCAACGAAAAUAGGUUUAAAAAUACAGCUUUGUCGAAACGGAAUUUCACAGAUUUGGGUCAGCUCCAGAAUUUGUAUUUGAGUGAUUGUGGGAUUGAAACAAUCGCCGUGGAUACUUUCUCCGAGCUGAAACAACUGACAUGGUUGGAUGUGAGUAAAAACAACAUCCGGUUUGUGGCGGACUUUACAUUCAGAGGUCUCCACCUCAAGCACCUCUUCAUCAACGACAACCCGGAUAUUCAGUUUUCCUUUGGUGCUUUUGCAGGUAUGAGCACCCAAGGUCUCUACAUGCACAACUGUGGCCUCCGACGUUUGUACGUCGAUCUCAUGACCCCCCUCAACGGCUCGCUCAAAACCUUAUGGCUACAUGGGAAUAAUUUCGAAUCUUUUAACGAAAAAUGGUUCCAUUUUUUUAAAAGACUCGCGCAUAUUCGUCUAGGAGGGAACUUCUUCCACUGCAACUGUGAGUUAAAAUGGUUGUAUGCGUUUUACAAAACCUCCAAAAAUUCCUUGUUCGCCGCGGCCGAGCAGCCCCAAUGCGGCAGUCCUAGACUCGUCAAAGAUAAAAACUUCGAUAAUUUAACAGACGAAGACUUUCGCUGCGAGCUGCCGACUUUUCAAAACGUCGACGCCGUGUUUGACCCUAAAAUGGGUCAGUUUACAUGUCAAGCUCACGGGGACCCCGCCCCUACCAUCCACUGGAUCUUACCCGACGGUAGGACGGAGAGCUUCCAUCCCCGCGCCGACCACGUCGGGUGGGAGAACACAGGGGUGCUGUACAUGACUGACGUUAAACUAGAGAGUAAAGGUCUCUAUCGGUGUGUGGCUAGUAAUCAGGCGGGCAAUGUCACGUUUUCACUUAACGUCGUCUGGCCCGACAUGAGACCACCACCGACGCCAAAACCCACCAAAUCAACCAAAUACGACAACAACAACGUCAUACGUGACGAGACAACCAGUUCCCCGGCGAAAAAAGUUUACAGAAACUACGCCAGUGAUGAUUCUGAAGUAUACGACUUUUCCGGGAAUUCCGAAAGUAGUAAAAUGAAACACGAAGAAAAACCAGCGAAAACGAACAAAAAAGAUUCCGAUCGCGUUUUUGGUAUGGUGGACAUCAUCGGCGCUGUUGUCGGUACUUUUCUCUUAACAUUUCUCAUUAGCUUGACAGUUUUUCACUUUUACUACAAGCGACGAGAGAGGGUGAGGCAGGAGGAUCAUUACUCAGUUCCGGAUGAGGUGAACAACAAACGCCUCCCUAACAGUAUGUACAUCAUGAACGAGACGGAUGAAAAUAGGAUAAAAAUGAUCAACCACCACAAUGGAACGGAGUGUCCCAGCUGAAAUAUGUCAAGUGAAGGGGUGUUCAUUGUAUUUUAAAGUGUAUUUGUUUCAAUGGAUUACCAAAAUAUGCCACUAUACCACUUUCCUAUCCGUCAC